CGAUGACGCGAUGACGUCACACCGUUGCGAUGUUGUCUUCGGGCGACUAGAUUCCUAUUUGAAUUUAACGUUUCGAAUCAGUCGGUUUUUAAUAAAAGUGUAGAGCGCGACUUUUUGCAAAAUGAAGUGGAAGAACGAAAUACCAAAUAAAACGGAAUUCAUGAAAAUCAACAGUUUUAAUUUCAUCGAAUGCGAAAAGUUUCAUAGUGAACUAGUGCACGAGCAAAAUGCCGGCAAAAUUCGAGUGGCGAGGGAGGAGGGUGGUCAGAGAAAAGAGGUUAAAGAAACAAGGAGCUACGAUAAUCUGGCAGCUGUUGCUACACAAUCCGACAAGGAAAACAAAGAACGGCGGACUAUGACCGAAACGAUAACCCUAACGAAAUCCAACACCGAUUUUACGGGAUCAGCCCCGAAGAGGUACACCACUAAAUGCUUCAUUAAGCCUGUCACGACCCCAAUCUGGUAUUCGGAGUCGUUGUUUCUGAAUAUUGGAUCGACGAAAAGAACGUAUGCUGAGAAGAUUUAUUUCAAGGAGAAGUUGUUUCCAUUCAGGUGGUCCGAAACUAUGACGACGGAAGUUCAAACUGGGCCGAAGUGUGUUUACUCCGACUGUUUUAUUCCGGUUGACGAUUAUACGGAUGAUGUACAGUAUGUCUCACUUGAACCACAGCAAAAGGCUGCUUCGUUAACCAUUUUGUGAUGUGCUUUGUAUUUAAUGGGUAAAACAUUCCAGUUAUCACUUAAUUAUUACCAUUAACAUUUAUUAAUGAAUAAAACAUUCCAUUUUU